UGGACUGAGAAAAGUAUUGGAUGACUUAUUGCUGGAGCCAUGAUACUAUAUUGCAUAAUAGCUGGAUUGCACUGAUGGCUUUUUUGGGGAGUUUGUUUGUUUUUUUGCAAGUUUAAAUGAGAAUUAAGAAUUAAUUAAUUUAUUGAGUGUAUUCCUUUUUCAAAUGUUCAUAGACAGCCACAGUUCUUAGUCUACGUCUAAACUCUGCUGGCCUGAUAAUAAUAGAGUUUAUCUUUCCACGUGAUUUAAAUAAGAAGAAUAAGAAGAAACAGGAACAGAGAGAAAAACAUAAAUCAAGCUACUGGCAAUAGGACGAAUCACUUAUAAAAACAUAUGCAGCACCAGUGUUGUGUACAAAUAUGUACUGAUAAUGUCCUUAUUUGACAUUAUGGUUAAAUCUAUACAUUAGCUUGCGUGUGACUGUGAACUCAUUCAGUUUAUAUUGUUUUCAGUCUGAAAUAGCUGCAAGUUAGAAAUGAUCCAGUGAUUGUCAGGGUGGUGUGAUGACACCAAGUUACUUUAUUUCUGAAAAGUUAAUAAUAAGCAGGGUGAAACACUGAACUGUGUCCCCACUGUUAGGACAUAUGUGCUGUUAAGGUCCGUGUAUCAAGAGAAUGGAAACUUUGUUUCAGCAGCUGACCCAUGGCAACGCUCUAUUCCUCAUCCUUGUUUUGGGAUUAGGAGGAAGCUUUCAGGUCGGCUUCCAUAUCACUGGACUGAGUUCUCCUUCACCGUACAUCCAGUGCUUCAUCAACAACAGCUGGUAUGACAGAUACGGAGAGCCUCCACAUCCGCAGAUGGUCACAAUGAUCUGGUCUCUUAUUGUUUCCAUGUUUGCUGUCGGGGGACUCUUCGGUGCCAUCAGUGUCAAAUUUAUCUCAGACUUGCUGGGAAGAAAAAAGGCAAUGAUCUGCAACAGCUUCAUUGCUGUUCUUGCAGCAGGAUUCAUGCUGACGAGUAAAAAUGUCAACUCUUUCGAAAUGAUCAUUGUGGCAAGAUUUCUGUUUGGUUACUCAGCAGGCUUGGGAAUGAACACUCACUUAAUAUAUCUUGGGGAGAUUUCACCCAGAAAGAUAAGAGGGAUAGUGACUCUGACCUCAGCCACUUUUACGUCACUCGGGAAAGUGUCUGGACGGGCGUUUGGGUUGAGCGAGAUCCUUGGCCGCGAGGACACGUGGGACAUUCUCCUUAGUGUCGCUGCACUUUUCUCCUUUGUUCAGAUUGUGAUGUUGCCUUUUUUUCCUGAGACGCCAAGAUAUUUACUCAUAGAGAAAGGUGAUGAUAAGGCAUGCAAAAAAGCUCUCCAGAGUCUGUGGGGCCAAGGUGACUACCAACAAGAAAUGGAUGAGAUGUUGACUGAGCAGGCAGCCAUUGAAGCAGCCCCACCAGUGAGCCUUCUGCAGCUGCUGAGAGACAGGACUGUCCGAUGGCAGGUCAUCACCAUCUCCACCAUCUACUGUUGCAACCAGCUGUCGGGCAUGUCUACAAUUAGUACCUUUACUUAUGACAUCUUCCUGGAGGCAGGUAUACCAAAGAAGAAGAUCCGCUAUAUCACUCUCGGUCUUGGAGUGGCUGAAAUUCUCACCUCGCUCACCUGUGGUCUUCUCAUUGACCUCACAGGGAGAAGACCAUUGCUGUUCGGCGGUUACGGUGUCAUGUCUGCUUGCUGGAUUUUUGUCACUGUCACACUCAACCUGAAGGAUUCCAGCUACUGGGUUCCAUACAUUACUGUGAGUUUGAUGGUUGUCUUCAUCGUGUUCUUUUGUGGAGGACCUGGAGGAGCCACACCAACGCUCAACAGUGAGCUCUUCAUUCAGUCUAAUCGAAUGGCAUCACUCGUCCUCACAGGGCUGCAGCGGUGGUUUAUGUUUGCAGUGAUGGGCCUGGUCUUUCCAUUCCUCAUUGAUGCUCUCAGCUCGUACUUAUUUGUGCUGUUUGCCUCUGCCUGCAUGCUGGGUAGUCUUUAUACCUUCUUCCUUUUGCCUGAGACUAAAGGCAAGACCCUGCUGGAGAUCUCAGAGGAGUUUAAAGCCAUCACCGUCUGUGGGAAAUCCUUUGCAGAGGAAACGAGAACAGAGACCAGGUUGUGAUGAGGACCACGUAUAGCUACAGCAAAAAACAUGAGGGAAAAAACAAUUUUUCUUUCAGGACAAGAUUGAAUGACUGUGGAAAAAACGUGCUUUGCAAAUAAAUGACUCACAAUGACAUUAAACAAUGUUACAAUUCCCAAAAUUUGGAAUCUUUCCAACUUCAGUUUUUGCUUUUUAGUUGCUUCUGCUAUUUUCUGUUUGUCCAUAAAUGGUGACUGUUGUGCAAUCAGA